CACGAUACCGGAGGGCCACCAGAACUGGCCGUCUUCGGUGCCGCCGGUGCCCCACUCGCCGAUAUACCCCUCGUCUGCCGUGCAGACGCAAACCCGCUUGAGCUCCAGGCGGCCCACGGACUCCGCCCCACCGCGGUUCAGCACGUACAUGACGCCGCCGUCGCCCAAGGUCAGGUCCACCGGGUGGAUGAACCCGCGGCCGCGGUAGGCCAGAAAGCCCACCGUGUGGCUGUAGUUGAAGGUGGCGGUAGAUGC